UAGUAGUAAGUAUGAAUAAACGUAAAGUGGCUUAUUGUGCAGUAUGUGAGAAUAAUCGUUAUAAUGAAGGUUUUCAUGACUAUAUUUUGUAUCGUAAAAUGGACGGUUGCAGCCGAUCUACAGAUAACUCUUCCCUAUGGCACUAUUGAAGGGUAUGAACUUACCAGUCCUGGAAACGCAACAUUUCGAGCUUUCCAAGGUAUCCCCUAUGCCGCAACUCCCGUGGGAACUUUAAGAUUUCAGGCACCACAAGCUCCAGCGUCUUGGGAUGGGGUGAAGGAAACUGUCAAAGAUUCGCAUAUCUGUUUUUCGGUGAAAAAUGACAGCGAUGAGGAAAACGAGGACUGUUUGUAUAUUAAUGUUUUUACACCAAUACUAUAUAAUAGCAACGACACAAAGUUGGCCGUGAUGGUAUGGAUAUACGGGGGAGCUUACAGGACAGGAUCGUCGAAAUAUGAUAAUUUUGGACCUGAUUUUCUGAUAGAAAAAGAUGUGGUUGUUGUCACCUUUAACUACAGAUUAGGUCCAUUUGGAUUUUUGGCCACAGAAGAUGGUCUGGUAUCAGGGAAUGCUGGCCUAAAAGAUCAAGCAUUUGCACUUCAGUGGGUUCAUGACAACAUAAACUUAUUUGGAGGUGAUUCAGAAAAGUUUAUUUUUGGUCAAAGUGCUGGAGGAUCUUCAGUAGGAUACCAGUUACUGUACAAGAAAAACGAAGGUUUAUUUAGAGGAGGUAUUUUGCAAAGUGGCAGUCCUUUAAGUAUAUUCAGCUACAUGCAAGAUAUUAGCGCAAGGGCUUAUGCAUUUGAUUUAGCAUCUCAAAUCAACAAUACUAUCGAAUUCCAAAAUGACACCACAAUUUUACUGGAGUUUUUACUAGGAGUUACUGGACGACAAAUUGAUACCGCCUCAACUAAAACUACAGUUACUAAAAUACCUCUUCCCGUUAUUGAAGAAGAUCAUGAUGGAGCCAUUAUUACCAAAGAAUCUUUUGAGUUGCUUGCAGCAGGAGAAUUCUUGAAAAUUCCGAUUAUGAUUGGAAGUACUUCUGAAGAAGAUAUAGUAGCAGCAACAGAUUUAGCUAAAUUGAGAGCAGAACUUGAAACAGUAACUAAUCAGCACAGUAGCCUGGUGCCGGUAGAUUUUAAAAUUAAAGAUGGAGUAAGCGAUGAUGUCGUCGGAGAUAAAAUAUAUAAUUUAUAUCUUGAUGGCGUAUCUUCAGAGGAAAGAUUAGGGUAUCUUAUUAGGUACCACAGUGACAACGAAUUAACCAAACCAGUGAUUAAACAUGCUGAGCUAGCGUCAAAUUUAACCGACGUUUAUUUCUACAUUUUUUCACAUGACGGACCUAUGGGUAACUUUAACAAAACUGUACCAGGUGCUGGCAAAGUAGGGCAUAGUGAAGAUACGAAAUACUUAUGGAAAGUGACUUCCAAUACCUACCAAAAUGGGGAUUUGUCUCAAUUUCCAACUGCUGAUGUCAUAACUCAUAAACGACUUAUAGAACUAUGGACAAACUUUGCCAAAUACUUGAAUCCGACUCCUGAACAAUCUGAUCUGUUGCAAAACAUCACCUGGCCUAAAGUAACACCAGACAAUUUCCAAUAUCUGGAUAUAGGAGACGACUUAGUUGUUUUAAAAGAUCCUAAAGCACCUUACUACCAGUCAUGGAGCGAUUACUAUGACCUCUACGCAAAAAGACCAUUUACUACAUUUUAAAUCUUAAAAAUAGCAAAAGAAUAAAAAUAAAAUGAAAUAAAACAAUAUUCGAAAAAA